CACGCGGUGGAGGCGCCGGCGGCAGCAGCUCGUGAGGGGAGAACGGCUGAGGAGGGAGCUGAGAGGGGUCCAGGCCAUGGCGGUGCAGGACCCCCGGCCCAACCACACCAUCUACAUCAACAACCUGAAUGAGAAGAUCAAGAAGGAUGAGCUGAAGAAGUCCCUCUACGCCAUUUUCUCCCAGUUUGGGCAGAUUUUGGACAUUUUGGUGUCGCGAAGUCUCCGCAUGCGGGGCCAGGCCUUCGUCAUCUUCAAGGAGAUGAGCAGCGCCACCAACGCCCUGCGCUCCAUGCAGGGCUUCCCCUUCUACGACAAACCCAUGCGGAUCCAGUACGCCAAGACGGACUCAGACAUCAUCGCCAAGAUGAAGGGAACGUUCGUGGAGCGGGAGCGGGACCGGGACCGGGAACGCAAACGGGACAAGCGCAAAGCCAAGGGGGGAGAAGCCCCUGGCCCCAAAAAAAGCGGGGCCGGAGCGCAGGGGGCAGCACAGGGGGCAGUGCCCGGAAUGGCACCACUGGCACAGCCGCCCCGGAUGCUGCCGCACCUGGGGGGGCAACCACCCUACAUCCCCCCCCCGGGCAUGAUCCCAGCCCCAGGAAUGGCCCCGAAUCCAGGAAUCCCGCCGGGAAUGGCCCCACAGCCUGGAAUGGCCCCAAUCCCCACCCCCCAGCCCCUGUCGGAAAACCCUCCGAACCACAUCCUGUUCUUGACCAACCUCCCUGAGGAGACCAAUGAGCUGAUGCUCUCCAUGCUCUUCAACCAGUUCCCAGGGUUCAAGGAGGUGCGCCUGGUACCGGGGCGCCACGACAUCGCCUUCGUGGAGUUUGACACCGAGGUGCAGGCAGGUGCUGCCCGCGAGGCCCUGCAGGGCUUCAAGAUCACCCAGAGCAACGCUAUGAAGAUCUCCUUCGCCAAAAAGUGACCCAAAACACCCCCAACCCCACCAAAACACCUCCAACCCCCAAAAAAACGUGCCUGAAAUCCCCUGAAUUCCCAAAAAAAUGCCUCAAACCCACCCCUAAAUACCUGAAAACUGCCCCAAACCACCCCAAAUCCCUCCAAAACACCCCAAAAUCCCAUAGGUACACCAUAAAAUCCCUCAAAACCACCCCAGAGCACUCUAAAUCCCAUAAAAUUGCCCCCAAAACCCAUAAAAAUACUCCAAAAAUCCCAUAAAACUGCCCCAAAAAUGGUCCCGUCCCUGCUCCAAACCCCCCAUGUGCCCCCACUCCCCCAGGUAAGUUCAACUUGGCCCAAAUCUUCCUUUUUUUAACCCAAAUCCUCCUUUUUCCCACCCCUAAUCUUCUUUUUCCCACACCAAAUUAUUUGUUUUCCACCCCAAAUCCUGCUUUUUUACCCCAAAUCCUUUGUGCCUCCCAAAUCAUCUCCCACCCCAAGUAUCUGUUUCCCACCCCAAAUCCUUCCCUGCCCACCCUAAAUCCCUUUUUCCCACCCAAAAUAUCCUUUUUCAACCACAAAUCCUCUUUUCCCAUCCCAAAUGCUUCCUUGCCCACCAUAAAUCCCCUUUUCCCACCCAAAAUCUUUCCCCAUUCUAAAUCCCUCAAUUCCCACCCUGAUACCCCUUUUCCCCUCCCCACCCUAAAUCCCCUUCCCCCACCCAAAACCCCUUUUUCCACCCCAAAUCUUUUUUCAGCUUAACUCCUUCUUUUUCCACCCCAAAUCCCCUUUUUCCCACCCAAAGUCCUUUUCCAUCCCCUUUUCCCACUGCAAUUCUGACCCCAAAUCUUCAAUCCCCACCCUAAAUCCCCUUUUCUCACCCAAAUCUUCUUUUUUUACAUCCCAAAUCCUUCUUCUUUCACCCCAAAAUCUCCUUUAUCCAUCUUAAAUCCUAUUCUUUCCUCCCUAAAUCUCCUCACCUGCAAUCCUUCUUCUUUCAUUCCAAAUCCCCUUCUUUCACACUGGAUCCCCACCCCAAAUCCACUUUCUCAGCCCGCCAGGGGUUUUGUGGUUCCCAAGGGAUGUUUGGGAUCUUUCCCAGCAUUGUACCCAGGGUCUCUCUGUAGACAUUGCACCUGGAGCCUUCCCAAAUAAACCCCACUGUAUCCCCA